AUGGAUAAGAACUCUUCAACAGUAAAGGCUAGUCGCUCAUUCUACCUCCAUGAGGAUGAUCCCCACUACAAGCAUGCAGUCAUCAUCCCAUAUUACCAUGAUGGCAUUACCAAUGAUGUCAAAGUCUAUCUUAGAAGACACACAGAUUCUUCUGCAGAGGUAGGCUUCAUACCAAUUCAUGCCACGAUAAAGCAUAGACAACCUAGCAUUAUCUUUACUAUUGUAAACGCGCUCUUGACUUAAACAAGAUACUACAUUCCUUGGGAAAGCGCAGAGCAUAUCCAUGAAAAUGACGAAGCUCCUCUAUUUUAUAAUCCUGCAACCACCUAUCUUAUUUCGAAGGUGCUGAAGGAUGAUAAAGUAGUGAUGAAGAUCGUAGGUGAUACUUGGUAUGUUUGGUAUCCUCUAGAGAAACUUAUUCCUCUAGAAGAUGUCAAUUACAUCCUUGCUCACUUUGACAUUGAAUUCAGUGAGCACACCUUAGAUUCUGAUUUCAAAUUAACAGCUUCAACAGACACUGUUGCUGUUGAUACACUCAGCCAAAUCAACAGUCACUCUGAGUAUUUAAAAACUAGAAUUACUUAAACAUCACCGAGACCUAUUGACUACGCCAUCGUCCUGGAUGACGAUUAAAAUACCAUGAAGCACAUUUAUGAGGCACUCUAUGCUGGCUAAAUCAUGGUAACUGGUGAAGAGAAAUUCGCUUUCUACAGAGGAUAUAAGAAUGAGCAUCCUCCCUAGGAAGUCUUGCAAAGCCUGAAACUUAUUAUUUUCCCUGGUAGUGUCUAGUCAGUCUACGACUCCUCUUUGGAAUGGAUGCCUCCACUAUCUGAAUUCAUAUAAAGAGUCUAUAAAGAUCACCCUCAUAUAAAACUGAUUGGAGGUUGCUACGGUCAUCAGCUUAUCGCUCACUCACUCGGAGGUAGAGUAGGCAGGAUGAGCGCAAGAGAUGGCUAUAAUUUGCCGAUCUUAGGCCGAGAGCACAUUCUUCCUAAUGAGUCCUUCUUUGAGCAAGGUUGGGUCUAGACUUACUUGCUUAAGAAUAACCUCACUCGGGACCUCAUGCCUAAACUUAUUUUACAGUAAGCACAUGGCGAUCACGUAGAGGAGUUGCCCAGAGAUGCUAUUCUGAUUGCAGAUUCAAAUAGCUGCAAUGUGGAGAUCUACACAAUCCCUAACCGAGUACUGUGCUUCUAAUCGCAUCCUGAGUUUAAUGCUAACUUGCAAUAAGAGUUGAGCGAGUGCGAGACCUAUUAAUUCGGGGAUAUGUGGGAUGUGCACGGAGACUUCUAAAAGCAUAAGUACUUGAAAAUCCAAGAUACUAAACUGGGCAAGGAGUCGAGAAAUAUGAUGCUUGGAUUGAUCAGAGAGUUCAUCACUUACAAGGUAGAGUAAGAUAAUUGA